CUUUUCCUCAGCAACAGCAUCCUUAACAUUAAUUUACAGAUUUCACUGUAAGCACCAAAGCUUAUCAGCACUCUUUCUGAGUCUUCCUCUUCUCUUUCUUUUAGUAUUUGUCUGUUUUAUACAGAGUAAAUUAAGCAAUGGAAGCAGCUGCAAUGAACGUUCACGAAAACGGGAGUCUUAAGAGUUUGUGCACGGCUUCUACUGAUCCCUUGAACUGGGGAUUGGUGGCCGAGGGUCUUAAAGGGAGUCAUUUGGAGGAAGUGAAGCGUAUGGUGGCCGAGUACAGGAAGCCGGUGGUGAAGCUCGGUGGUGAGACUUUGACGAUAGCUCAGGUGGCUGCCAUUGCAACCGAUGAGUCUGGCGUCAAAGUUGAGCUUUCAGAAUCAGCCAGAGAUGGUGUUAAGGCUAGCAGUGAUUGGGUCAUGGAGAGCAUGAACAAUGGAACUGAUAGUUAUGGUGUCACCACUGGUUUCGGCGCAACUUCCCAUAGAAGAACCAAGAACGGUGGCGCUCUUCAGAAGGAGCUCAUUAGAUUCUUGAAUGCCGGAAUCUUUGGUAAUGGAACAGAGUCGUCCCACACACUGCCUCACUCCGCAACAAGAGCAGCCAUGCUUGUGAGGAUUAACACUCUUCUCCAGGGCUACUCUGGAAUCAGAUUUGAAAUCCUGGAAGCAAUUACCAGUCUUCUCAAUAACAAAAUUACUCCAUGCCUCCCACUUCGCGGCACAAUCACUGCCUCCGGUGAUCUUGUUCCUCUGUCUUACAUUGCCGGAUUACUUACCGGUCGCCCCAAUUCCAAGGCCACCGGACCUAAGGGAGAAGUCAUUAAUGCUCAAGAAGCCUCUAAACUCGCCGGUUUUGAGUUGUUUGAGUUGCAGCCUAAAGAAGGCCUUGCUCUUGUGAACGGUACUGCUGUUGGUUCUGGAAUGGCUUCAAUGGUUCUUUUUGAGGCUAAUGUUCUUGGUGUAUUAUCCGAAAUUUUGUCAGCAAUUUUCGCGGAAGUGAUGCAGGGGAAGCCUGAAUUCACUGACCAUUUGACACACAAGUUAAAGCACCAUCCAGGCCAGAUUGAGGCUGCAGCAAUUAUGGAACACAUUUUAGAUGGCAGUUCGUAUGUUAAAGCUGCCAAAAAAUUGCACGAGAUGGAUCCUCUUCAAAAGCCGAAACAGGAUCGUUAUGCCCUCAGGACUUCACCACAAUGGCUUGGCCCACUGAUUGAAGUUAUCAGAUUUUCAACCAAAUCAAUUGAAAGGGAGAUCAACUCCGUCAAUGACAACCCUCUGAUCGAUGUUUCAAGGAACAAGGCUUUACAUGGAGGCAACUUCCAGGGGACCCCAAUUGGUGUCUCAAUGGACAAUACACGUUUGGCUAUUGCAUUGAUUGGAAAACUUAUGUUUGCCCAAUUUUCGGAGCUUGUCAACGACUUUUACAACAAUGGGUUGCCAUCAAAUCUCUCUGGCGGCAGAAAUCCAAGCUUGGAUUAUGGUUUCAAGGGUGCUGAAAUCGCCAUGGCUUCGUAUUGUUCUGAGCUCCAAUACCUCGCCAAUCCAGUCACCAGCCAUGUCCAAAGUGCCGAGCAACACAACCAAGACGUGAACUCCUUGGGACUCAUCUCUUCAAGAAAAACUGCUGAAGCUGUUGACAUCUUGAAGCUUAUGUCUUCUACAUACUUGGUAGCACUUUGCCAAGCCAUUGAUCUGAGGCACUUGGAGGAGAAUUUGAAGAACACAGUUAAUCGCACUGUGAGCCUAGUGGCUAAGAAAGUUCUAACUAUUGGAGCAAACGGAGAACUUCACCCAUCAAGAUUCAGUGAGAAAGAUCUGAUCAAAGUGGUUGAUCGCGAACACGUUUUCGCUUACAUAGAUGAUCCCUGCAGUGCCACCUAUCCAUUGAUGCAAAAGCUAAGACAAGUACUUGUUGAUCAUGCAUUGAACAACGGCGAAAAGGAGAAGAAUGUGAACUCUUCAAUCUUCCAGAAGAUUGGAGCUUUUGAGGAGGAAUUGAAGGCCGUUUUGCCUAAAGAGGUGGAGAGUGCCAGAAUUGUGGUUGAGAAUGGAAAUGCAGCAGUUCCCAACAGGAUCAAAGAAUGCAGAUCUUAUCCAUUGUACAAGUUUGUGAGGGAAGAGCUAGGAACAGGAUUCUUAACUGGUGAGAAAGUAAAGUCACCAGGAGAGGAAUUUGAUAAAGUAUUCACAGCUAUGUGCCAGGGUAAGAUCAUUGAUCCAAUGCUAGAGUGCCUCACAGACUGGAAUGGUGCCCCUCUUCCACUCUGCUAGUGUGAUUUUUUUUUUUUUUUUUUUUCUUUCUUUUAGUUCAUAUUGUUUUCAAUUCCCCGUGAAAGGAAUUUCCUAACGCCUAUGGGAUUAAAUGAUUAAAUUUCAUUUAUAGAAAAUGAGAAAUGGUUACAUA